GAUUUCUAUUAGUGAUUGAAAACAACGUACAGAUGUUAAAGGAAUUUGAUAUUUAGAGUAAAAUAAAAGUGGCAUGUGAAUAAGAAAAGACAACACAAGGGCUAUCUGCGGAAGGAAAUGACUCCCGAGAAGACCCCUUUUGCGACGAAAGCUUAUCGAAAAAUCCUCUUCUGUUACUGCCAAGAGAGAGAACUAUUUCAUGUUGCAAAGAAAUGAUCCUAUGCAAAACCAUUAUGGACGGUGAGCGCGUGGUUCUGACUGUAAGGUUAAUUCGUUCUUUCGAACACAGGAACAUCCGACACAUCGUCAUGAAAGGAGUAGAUACGGCACAAACCGUAUCCCAGUUUAAGAGGAAAGUACUAGAACUAGUACAAAAUAAACCAGAUGUUAUACCACCUUUUAGAACUUACCAAUACGACACUAUGAAGAUUCAUCACCAAGCACAUAGAGCGAAAGGAGCCGAUCCUGUUAUAAAUGUGGAUGAUGACGAUAAUUCUAUCCUGAAAGAGGAUAAAACUUUAAAUGAGAGCGGUGUGUGUAACGAAACUGAGUUAUCUUUCUUCAAAUUAGAAGAUUACAUUAGGUAUAAAGAGAAUCCUCAACAUCUGUGGUAAAGUGGUUAUUACUAAUUCGUGAUGAUUAUGGAUCCAAAACUAGAUUAAUUUAUUAAAUUUUGUUAACUUGACCUUUUGUUACGCUCGAUCUUAAAGUUUCUUUGGAUUAAAUUAUUUUUAAAUUGUGUUUAUUGACUUGUAGAAAGUUGAAUCAGAGUUACUGAAAUCGGAUUCCAUCUUUUAUGCCAUAAAAUGCAGUAAUUAGCGUAAAUUUCAACAUGAUUACACGGCGACUACUUAGUUUUCAAUGAAAAUCCAUGUGUUAAGAUUGUAUUUCUAGAAAAUCUUUCCCUAAUUAUAUUCAGACGAUCAGAGCGCCUGAAUAUAAUUAGGAGGUAUCUUUGUAAUUCUCGAAUGUGCCCUGACUUAGGUCUAGAACGUACGUGUGUCUGAGUCCAUCAUUCUUUCAUCAAACAUCAGACGUAAAGACGUGUUUGUUAGAUCAAAAUCUACCUAUAAAUAAAUAUUUGAGGUUCUCGUUCGUUUAAAAUGAUGAAAAUAAAAGUUAUUUUGUUAAUUAUAUUGUGUUUAUUGCGAGAGAAAAAUAAAAUUAAAUACGAACUUUAUAUACUGUUAAUUUUUAUGAAUGUUUCACUUAACAGCUCUCAAUGCUGUCCACUGAAAGUUCUGUAUAACGCGGCACAGAUGUAAAAUGAAUACAAAAAUAAGGAAAUCACAAUUUUAAAUUUAUAUAAAUACAGUACAUCAUUAAUUUAUUUAUAGAUGUGUAUAUCUACAUGUUAAAUACUUUAAUGUCUGUUAUAAGUUAUAACGCUUGUAAUUUGAAAA